UGUCCACUCUCUCUCACAAUGACACAUAUGAAUCCAUAAAUAUUGUUGUUGUGUAUAUAUAUACAGACACGAGUCCUCUCUUUUUAUCCACCCAUCUGCUUUCUUUUUAAUUCCCUGCAUAACCCUUUUGUGUUGCUGAGAUCACCAACAACAGAACACAAAGUGAAGAUACAUAUACUUAUAUGGCUAUAUAUAGUCAAUAGUCACAUAUACACUUUAUAUAUAUAUAUAGUCAAUAGUCACACACAUAUACUUUAAUAAUUUAUUACAUAUACAUACUUAUAAUGAAACCUGAGAGCCACCCAUGUAAACUUGGUCGAAAUGUCGUGGAGAGAAAGCGAAGAUUGCACAUGAAAAAUCUCUUUUGCAGGCUUGCCACUCUCUUAAUUACCUCACACUGCAAGGGAAGAUUGCCAUCGCCACAAGAUUUGUUGGAUCGAGCGACUACUUAUGUGAAGCAACUGCAAGAAAAAGUGGAAAAACUGAAGCAAAGAAUGGAGCAAAUCAAAGGUGGUGAGAAUAGUGGAGAGUCUAAUAUGGGAAGCAACAUUUUACCAGAACUUUCUGUAAGAGAAGUAGGUUCAACUUUGGAGGUGAAUUUGAUUACUGGAAGGGAUAAAAGUUUCAUGUUACAUGAAGUUGUCAGUGUUCUUGGCCAAGAAGGUGCUGAAGUUGUUAGUGCAAGCUAUUCUACUGUGGAUGAUAAGGUCUUCUAUACCAUUGUUUCUCAGGCUAUCUGGUCUAGAAUUGGCAUAGAGACUUCAAGAGUGCAUGAAAGAUUGAAGAAUCUGAUUUUCUGAAUUAUACAAUCUUUGUUUUUCUGUGCAAUAGUCGUCGGCAGGCGUCCAGUUGAUGAAGCUCAAUUGGGGAAUUUUGUAUCUUGGUUUGUAACUUGACUAUUAGGAAUUAAUCUACAAAAUGAGGGUGUAAAAUGAGAGGGUUUGUUAUAUAUAUAUAUAUAUGCACCAUAAUCUUGUAUGUUUGAGUCCCAAAGCCUUUGGUCUAGUGGCUUUCAAAGUGAAGUGUAGAGGGAUCGAGUCUCCAUGAACGUUUCUGAAGAGUUUUUUUCUAGCUAAAAAAAAAGAGAAAAAAUGUUGACUAUACAGAACAAAAAAUAACCCCAAACAAAAUCAGAGGCUAAUUAAGCAUUUGAAGUAAAAUAAUAUCAAGAAACACCAAAAAAAAUAAACCAUCCAACUGAAAGGGGUAGCGAACAGUAACAGCCGAGAAGAAAGGUCAAUUUAGAGCAACUGCAGCGGGCUCUUCAAAGGCCAUUUUCCGCGAGCAAAAGGGCCUUUGGGCGUGCAGCGGCCUAGCCAAAAAUGGUAGGACCCAAUUUUACUCGUGAGUCAGCUCGCAUGAAUUUUUUUUUUUUUUUUUUGGGUUGCAAAACGGUGCCCUUUUUGGUUGCCUGUUUUUAUUUUAUUCCACUACUCUUGGAAAGGUAUUGUUUGGCAGAUUUUAUUUUUUUAUUUUUUUAUUAUUUUUUUUAAAACCUAAAAAUAGGUUAUUUUGAGCUCUUUUUCUAUAAAAUAAAAUAAAAUAAAAUUCAUUAAAUAAAAAAUAUAUUGUUUAGGCACUGUUUGUCUAAUUUUUUUUUUUUUAUUUUGGCCAAAAAUAAAUUCAAAAAGCUUAUUAUUAUUAUUAUUUUUUUUGUUUUUUUCCCUUAAAAUUUGUUUUUAUUUUUAUUGUUUUGAUUUAAAUUUUAAAUGUGUACCACAAACAAUGCAUUUAACCGUUAAAGCAUUGGUUGGCCGACACAAAUUGUGCCUUAACGACUAUAAUUUUUUUAAAAAUAUAUAUAAUUUUUUUUUUUUUAAACUUUUUGUAAAAAAAAUAAUUAAAAUUACAAAUUCAUCUACUUAUUCCCAUAGGAUUUUGUAAUCCUUAUUUUCUUAUUCCAAUUCAUUAUU